CUCACUUAAUAUUAAUAAAAUUAAAAUUUACAAAUUUCAACAAAUUCUUGGUUUUGUUAUUACUUUUGGAUUUGAAAAUUUUUCAAUAUGAAAGUGAAAUUUAUGAAUUCGCCCCGAAAGAAUACAGAAUCUCACAAAGUACCCAAAGCGGACAAUAAAUACAAACCCUUCAGUCGAGAAAACGAGAAUUACCGAAUCAAAACCUCAGUCGUAAUGACUACGCAACUUGCGACUCACAGAGCCGACGCCGAGAUCUACUACGGCGACGCUAUCUGCAAGCAAAAAUCUCAGGAUCUUCUUGAUCAAUUCUUCCUUCCUCGCGGCCUUCUCCCUUUAAACGAUAUUCUUGAGGUCGGCUACAAUCGGACCUCCGGUUUCAUUUGGCUCAAGCAGCAGAAGAAAAAAGAGCACCGGUUCCCCGCCAUUGGACGCACUGUCUUGUACGACACGGAGGUCUCUGCCUUCAUCGAGGAGCGACGCUUCCGCCGUCUCACUGGAGUUAAGAGCAAGGAGUUUUUCCUUUGGAUUACCGUUUCUGAAAUUUAUGUUGACCAACAGAACACGAGUAAGAUCACCUUCGGUACUUCGACUGGAAUUGCCAAGUCCUUCCCGGUUUCUGCGUUUCUGAUUGAAGAAGAAACUGAUCGGAAGAAGUGAUUGAACAAAAGAAUCGGUGAGUUCUUCGUAAUUAUGAGUCAAUUCUGGUAUGGAUACAUUCAACAUGAACAAUUUGAUGGUAUAUGAUGAAUAGAGAACAAACUAACUUAAAACUAGGGCACAAUUAUCCUGCUUAUCUUAGUUCAAACAGUCUGAAUUCGGUUGGAGGAAAAUGAAAUUACAGAUGUAGAAAUUACUCGCUGACUUCGAGUUUGAGUUAAAUCUCAAUUGUAGACUCCAUGUACUUUGUUGUGAAAUAUACCAUUGUUAAUCGAUUUACCUAAUCGAACCGAUCAUCAAAUUGAUCAUCGUGCUGGUGACUUUCAUCUUUUGGAAUUGGUAGAGAUGGACAUUUCAUAAUUUAGUAAUGAUCUUGUUGAAUGAUGAAA